CCCUAUUUUGGCCACAAACUCCACGAAAACAGCCGCCACCACCUGCAGGCUGUACGUACGACUCACAUCCCUGCUUUUUAAAAAGGCCACAGAGCACUCCAAUAAACUCAUUCAUUUUUUUCUCACUUUCUUCAAAGUUCAUAGCAAUCGCCUCUUCCAAUGGCUCAGAAGGCGGUGUUGAAGAUCUUGACUAUGACCGAUGAUAAGACUAAGCAGAAGGCCAUAGAAGCUGCCGCCGAUAUCUUUGGGAUUGAUUCGAUUGCCGCGGAUCUGAAGGAACAAAAGCUAACAGUGAUAGGGCAGAUGGAUCCAGUUGCAGUGGUGAAGAAGUUGAAGAAAGUAGGGAAAGUGGACAUAAUUUCAGUUGGCCCUGCCAAAGAAGAAAAGAAAGAAGAGAAAAAAGAAGAGAAGAAAGAGGAAAAGAAAGAAGAAAAGAAGGAAGAGAAGAAAGAAGAGAAGAAAGAGGAAAAGAAGUAAAAAUCUUAUUCAUGAUUUUAAGAAAAUUUUCCCCAUCAUAGGGUCAGUUUCUUCAGUUUCACAUGGUUUUCAAGAAUCUAUGGUUAAUAUUAUUUCAGCAAAUAGUACAAAAGUGUUGAGUUAAGGUGAGCCUGGUUUCCUGCAUAUGUUCACAUGGUACUCUCAUGGGUUUUAGUCCAUUUUCACUUUUUGUUUUGUUUUUAAAUUAAACAUCAUAUUUCAGUUUAAAAUGUCAGCAAUUAAACUAAGAAAUGUAAUUGGUCAUUUUCACUUUU